AUGAAGAAGAAGAAGGCAACCCUAGUGGUUUCUUCCCCGGUUGUAGAUAUAAACUCAGUACCUACAGAGGCAUCUUUGCCUACUCCGGCCCCUAGGCCUUCAAGUACUUCUUGUUCUGUACCUUCUAAUAUCCCUAGUUCUUCUAUUGUUGCGCUGCCUCCUAGACCCUCUGAUGCUACUGCCCUGGCUGAUGCAGUGACACCAUUGAGCACUGCCAUUGAGGCCCUUGCGACAAGGAUAGCGGUGUGCGAGUGUAGCCAAGGGGCCAUCGAGGAGGUAAUGGCCUUAAAGGCAACUAUAGCUGUGUUGAGAAGCGAUACAGCUGACCCUGAGUCUGAGGUAGAGACUGAUGAGGAGAUGCUUGAGAAGGCUGAUGAAGUUGCAUAUGAGGGCAUUACUGAGACAGAAGAGGCCAUGGUAGAUGCUUCUGUACAUGCUUCUUUGGUAGAUACACCCUUGGCAGCUCCUAGUGCUAUUACUAUUCCUUCUAAGGUGACUCCGGACACUGAUGCCCAAGUCCAGACUGAUGCACCAGGCACUGAUGCCUAG